AUGUCGUCGGUGCGUUCCGAGUCAAUAAGGUCUCGGAUGCACAAUCCGUUCCACAAUCCACUGCCGGCCUCAUUAUCCAAGGAGUGCAAGAAAGCCGGCAAAAUUUUGAAUUCGUUCAUCAAUCCGAAGGAAUUUGGCACUCUCGACGGUGGGACAUUUCUGGAUGGCGGAGUUCCCCGGAGCGUUCUCUCCAGGGCAAAGGGCCUUGUGAUCUUCACAUCCCUCAAAGCUGGAUUUCUGGGCUCUGUCCGGUUUGGAUCCGGGCUGAUCGUCGCUCGACUCGCUGACGGCACCUGGUCAGCUCCUUCAGCCAUUGCGACCGGAGGCAUCGGAGUUGGCGGCCAAUUCGGGAUGGAGCUGACUGACUUUGUCUUUGUCGUCAACACCGAGCGAGAAAUGAAGAAGUUCGCCCAGGGCGGUUCUUUGACUCUCAGUGGAAAUAUCAGCAUUGCUUUCGGCCCCAUUGGACGCAGCGGCGAGGCGGGUACCAUGGCUAGCAGUAAAGGUUUCGCGGGCAUGUACGCUUAUUCCAAAACUCGUGGUAUGUACGGCGGGCUCACGCUUGAGGGUGGCGUGCUCGGGGAACGGGCUUCUGCCAACAAAAAGAUGUACGGCCGAAAGGUCACUCCAAAACAACUAUUGGGGGGCGAAGUGCCUCCUCCGCCCGAGGCUGAGCCAUUGAUGUGCGUCCUGAGAUUGGAAGCUUUCACGGCCGAGCCAACACCCGCUGGAGUUGUUCCUGAACUCGUCUCGGGGCAACCACAUGAACAAGCAGCUGAAUUACAUUCUGAGCGGCCAACCGAGCCACCGGAAGGAAUCUUUGAGCUGCCUGCUGAAUAUCCUGUUUCUGAUGUUCCCGAUACCCCUGAUGUUCCGGCGACCCAGCCGGACCCUGGAAAUACCGAGCCGGGCACUGAAAACCAGCAUGAAAUAUCGGAAAAUUCCACGACUAAUCCUAAUGUUGCGUCUCAGGAAUUGGUCACUCCUGGUGAAGCACCGGCAUGGUUAGCUGAUCUCAUAUCCAAAGAAUUUGGUCUUCCAUCGGAGGAGCCUGUGCCGUCCGCAGAGAAGCCUGUGCCGUCCGCAGAGAAGCCGGUGCCGUCCUCAGAAAAGCCUGCCAUGUUCUCGGAGAAGCCUGCCCCGUCUUCGGACAAGCCUGUCCAGUCUUCACAUAACCCAACAGCGUCUACAGCGUCUACUGUGCAGUCUGAGAAGAUCCAUCGUUCCUCUAUUACUCACAAGCCGAUACCGUCAUCUUCGGUUGAGAGUUCCUCUGAACAAACUUCGUGGUUGGAUCUUUAG